AUGCUUGAAGUUGCUCAGUUUUCUCCUCAAACACCUGUUAUAUCAAAUGUGGUAAAUAGAGAAGAUGGCCGUGAAGUUGUUGUUGGAAAUGAGGGGCAACUCCUGACAAUACAAUGUACGUCUUACGGAGGAUAUCCAGCACCUUCACUAACCUGGUAUAAUAGAAGUGUGUCCACAUCUAACGAGUUAGCGACUACAAAUAAUGGCAUUUUACAAAGUAACGGUACAUUUACUGUGACACUACAACAUAAAUUUACUCUGACAAGGUCAGAUGAUAGAAAGAUAAUAAACUGUAGAUCAUAUUACCCACAAGCAGACAGUACUCACAUAACGUCAAACGUUAAAUCGGCGUUACUUUAUCUGUCAUUGGUUCCAAGCAAGCCAAAUGUCACACAAGCAUCGGAGGUUUCGGCAGGUGAUGUUAUAGAGGUAAGCUGUAAAACAACGGGAUGUAGACCCGUUGCCAGUAUAUCCUGGUUAUACGAAGGAAAGACCGCUAAUGGACAAAUCAAAUCUGUUCUUGAUACUGUAACAGAAACGUACGAGGUCGUGUCAUUGUUUACGAAAAGGGUGACUGCUGCAGAUAAUGGACAGAUUAUUCAAUGUAUAGUUACCCAUCCUGCUAUAAAUAGUACAUCUGGCAUAACUGCUUCAUAUCAACUGAGUGUUAACUUUCCGCCGAAUGUUUCAGCAAUUGCAACAAACACUUCGGUCAACGAAUCAAAUACUGUAUUGACAUGUAUUGCAAAAGGUGUCCCUGACAGUAAUUAUAGAUACGGAAAAUGGAUUCAAAGAUGGCCAGGAUAUGGAGUGCCUGUUUCGGUGAGGCCCGGAAGUGAGUCGCUCGAACUGAGGGGUUUAACAUACGAGCACUCCGGGAUUUAUACGUGCACUGCCAGUAAUGGAAUUAAGGUCUUUGGUACGAACACAGAAUUUAUAGAAGGAACAGCGGUACAGUUACUUGUGAAAUCAUUUCCAGUUAUAAUCAGUUUAGCUGAUAAAAUUGCGAGUAGGAUGAAUAACAAUAUAACUGUCAAAGUUGACUAUUUCUCAAACAUACCUGGAACAGAAGUUGAGCUAUAUAGAAACUUUAAUGGCGUAGCGAAAACAGAUGUUAUGUUCAUUGUGAAUAAGAACCUCGUCGAAGUUGAGCUACCUGUAUUUUCACACUCUGUCAAAACCAACGGAACCAGAGCUAUCAUAACAACUCCAAUAAAAUCAGAAACAGAUUAUGGGUCAUAUAUUGUCGUCGUGUCAAAUGAAAUAGGGUCUAGUAAUAGGUCGUUUGAGGUAGUGUUGACAGAGCCACCAAGUACACCGAGAGGUUUUACAAUAGACUAUAUCCAGCAUAACAAGGCCCGUUUGUCGUGGAUGCGUGGAUAUAAUGGAGGAUUGACACAAACAUUUAUUAUACAAGUAGGAACAGAUAAAAAGACAUGGAGUGAUGUGAUAGUAGUUGACAGAAUUACAAAAGACGAAAAGCCCAUAACCACAAUCUUGACAGAUCUUCAUGAUUCAAAAACAUACUUUGUUCGAGUAUACGCAUAUAACGAGGAGGGAAAUAGCCCUUUGUCAGAAACACUUAAUUUUACCACAUCUUCAAUCAAAGUGAAUGUGACAGUAAAGACAAACAACACCACUGCGAUAAUAGUAGGAGUAGUUCUCGGCAUACUGAUAGUUGUCGUGUUGGUAUAUUCCAUAUACGUUACAUUACGGAUGAAAAGAAGGCAUGACCCUGACCAGAAUAAAGAUAUCUCCGAAGAUACAAAAGGCAGAGAGUAUGUAAAUGUGGAAGAUCCAAUCAAACUUAAAACAAAAGAUGUAAAGAAGGGAAGGACAUAUCCUCACGAUGCUCAAGCCUCAGAAAGUCAAUAUACAGAGCUCGAUAAAGAUCUUAAAGAAGCAGAAUCUGCAUACGAUGCUAUUUCAAUCAUUUGAAAUGACAACAUAAAUGUGUCUUUAAACAUACGUCCUAUGCACGUGUUUGAAUGUACAAGCUGGACGUUAGAACAUUUAGUGUGCAUUGAUUGAAUGCAUAUGACAAAAACUGAGAAAAAAAUGAAUUCCUUUACGCUUGCUAUAGAGAAAGUAUUUUUGACAUAAGCAUGAAAAACACAUCACCAAAUGCAACGGAUUCUUUUCGAAUAUGUAUACUAUGCUAUUUCAUGUAAUUAAAAUGAGGACGUAAAAGUGUCAUUAACUACAAGUCAGGUGUAUGAUUUUGUUACACUAAAAAAUUGAAUGCAUAUGUUUUAUGUUAUUAGUAAGGAUUGGGUUAAUGCCGUUGUGUUUAUGUUAAGAAAAUCUGUUUUGUCAUCAGAAUAUAUCAAGACUUUGCGAAAUAAUGAAAUAAAAAUCGACGUUUUACAGAAAUGUAUAGAAGUAAAGAAUAUAAUGUUUUCUCACGGCUACAUAGAUGAUAAUCAAUUUAUCUGAUAUAUACUAUUUAUUUGGCCAUGUGCAACAAUUAUAUAUGAAAAUGAUAUGUCUUAAAAAUAUUCAUAUUUUUUUGUAAUUACAUAAUUAAGAUUUUUAUAAUAUUGCAACGUCUUUCAAAAACAAAAGAUAAAAAUAUAACUUUAAGGAUUCGGAACAAAAUAAUAUGUAUAACUGCUAUGCCAUUGCCCUUUUUUCUUUAAAUAUGUUAGCAUGUUCAUUAUAUGAAAUUUCAUUAUUUUUACUUUAUGUCAAGUGGAAGAAUUAAUUAUGGCACAGAAUGUAGCAUUUAUUUGUUCAGGUCUUUCUUGUCGCUUUUCAACUUUCGUGACAUGUAAAUAAAGGCUACUUAGUUUAAUGUAGCUUAUCUUAGUUAAAUGUUAAUUUAGAUUAUGCAAACUUCAUAAUUUUCAAAAGGUUCUUCAUUUUUAAAAUUGUGUUCUUUAUUUUUAUUAUUUUGUCAAAGAAUAUGAAGCAUUCUACAAUAAAUUACUACGUUGUUUGCUGUUUAUGCCGUCUAAACGAAGAAAACAAUAAAAUGACACUCCUUGAGAUUUAUUUAUGUUCUUUAUCAGUACAAUAUCCACUUGAGACAUCACUUCUAAUACUUCUGCUUAUAUCACAACUUAUUUUGUCCUGAUAUUGUAUCUUCUAUAUCGCCAUCCAGUGUUUUAUUAAGAACACAUCGACAUUGGCUUCUUGUGGUUAGAUAAUCUGGCUGUAUACUUCUUCCCAUUUGAUCAAAAUCUCUAAAAAUAAAUAUGUUUGAAUUGUAAUGAUAAAU